AUGGACUCUCCCCAUCAUGACGACGAGCAGGCCAAGGCCAUGUCUGAUUACUUGCAGCAGCUCCCCGCACAGCACUUGGAGCCGCUGUGGUCUCAGAUGAACGUGAUGGUUCCACCCACUCCCGCGCCAGUAGCGAAGCCUCACAUCUGGAAAUACGCCGACAACCUUCCUCUCCUUCACAAGGCCGCUGAGAUGGUCGGCGAGAAGCAGGCUGAAAGAAGAGUUCUGAUGCUGGUCAACCCUAAUAUGCAAUCCCCUUACACUACAGACACCAUUUACGGCGGUCUUCAAAUCGUUAACCCUGGAGAGACAGCACCAGCUCACCGUCAUAUCGCAUUUGCCCUCAGGUUCAUCAUUGAUGGUGAGGGGUUCACCGCUGUCGAGGGAAAGAAAAUGCCUCUUAAGCGUGGCGAUGUUGUUGUUACGCCGACAUGGCACUGGCACGACCAUGGCAAUGAGAGCGACGCCCCUGUCAUCUGGUUGGAUGCGCUCAACCUCCCUCUCUUCAGAUUUACACCAGUUCAUUUCGCAGAACAAUACCAUGAAAGCCGUUACCCUAGCGUAUUGACCGAUUCUUGUGAGUGGCGGCACCCAUGGGACAAGGUCGAGGCCGAGCUCAAGGUCCAAGAGGGCCCCUACGCCAUCUACCACUACACCAGUAACGGCAAGCCUUUGUCUCCUAUUCUUGGCGCGCAAGCUGAGCGUAUCGAUGGAAAUCACACCACCAAGGAGGUGCGUGAGCAGGCAUCCUUCCUCUACCACUGUUAUGAGGGACAGGGUCAGACAAUCGUUGAACCUCCCUCGGGACCCCGUGUCAUUUUUAAAUGGUCUGAGAGAGAUACAUUCGCCGUUCCUGCUUGGUCCAAGAUUCAACACAUCAACGACCUCUCCACAACUGCUUAUCUUGUCGCUGUAAGCGACAGGCCACUGCUGAGCAGUAUUGGCCUUAUCAAGCCAGACUUCUAG